AUGCCCGACCCGCCGUCGAAUUCUCCAAUCGAUCUUCGUGCACAUAUUCGCUACGAUAAAUAUCAUCGUAUUUCUGCUGAAAAAUCAUAUAAAAACUAUGAAAAACUGUGUGAAACUAUGGGAAACGAAGCAAUUUCGAUUGAAGAAUAUGAGUCUUUGUAUAAUCAAUACAUUGAAGAAGAUGAACGAGAGCUACCAGACAUUCGUGGAUGCAUUUUAUCUGAUGUCAUCAAUGGAAAAACUGCUGAAAAAUCAUUGGACGAUUUGUGUGAUGCAUUCAAAUAUCAGAAAAUCGAUAAAGAAGAUCAUGAUUAUUGGUACAACCGAUUUGACAGUGGACACCGUUUCACUCGUGUCACAUUUUCCGAUUUCCCAGAAGAUGUCCUCGCUGAAAUUGUGGAGAAAUGUGAUAUCAUAUCAUAUUUGAAUCUCCGCAACGUUUCAUAUGGACUUCGAGCUAUCGCAGAUCAGCUGCCGCCUCCCUGUACUCAUAUCGAGUUCGAUAUUACAGUGUUUGGUUGUCCAGACGUCUUUGUGGAUGGUACACUUAUCGUUGACUCGGAAUUGGAUGUUUUAACGAAGAAAAAUUCAAGUCUUCAAAUGGAAGCGAUUGAAAUCGGAGUAUUGGAACCUUUACUGAGAAAUCCGAAACUUCGUCUGAAAGAUUUCGAGUUUUAUUCGAAAUCUGGUUCCUGGCUUGAAGGCGCUUUUUUGUAUACUGAUGCCGUAAUCAAGCUGCUAAACUCAUUGGAUCACAAAUUCCACGUGAAGAAUUGCGCGAUUGGAGUCAAAAAGCCGAAGAACUUGAUGGACAUUUUACGGUGUUUCAAACCGGGAACACUCGAAAGAAUGGAAAUUAUCGAUGGAUUUACACUUCUCCAUAUCUACGAAAUUGCUAAAUUGGAUCAAUGGAAACAGGCGAAACAUCUCGAAUUGCGUUUGUAUGGAGACGGCAUGCCACCGAUGGAACAUUUUCUUCAUUUUUCAACUAUUGAAAUGCGGUCUGGAUCGAUUUCUCUGACAGAUAUAGUCAAUCUUUGCGAUAGUGUAUCCAAAUGGACCAACUUCGAACAUAUCCAAAUAGAAAAUUACACGAGAUUGGAUAAGGAAGAAAUCAAGAGAGUUCUGAAUCUUCAGCCAACUGCCUCUCCAGAAGUUUACACAAUUCCAAAUUCAAACUUGUUUUUUCAGUUUUUGCUGAAUCGAUUCGGUAUGGGAUCUUUUAAAAUCUACAGAAAUUAA